AUGAGCACAGCAUACCCUGAAGGUGAAGUCUUCUUCACCCGCGAAUCCCUCAAAACCGAGGGCUACGACCCCGAAGACACCAACCAAUUCUACUCCAACUUUCUCAUCGAAGUCGCCACGAAUGAACCAGACCGAUGGGCCGUGAACAAGAACCCGCCUGGCUUCAGACAUACCAAUCCGUAUGCCAAGCACAAAAAGGUGGUGAAGAAGACGGGGCCACUCAAGCACACCUACUCCUACUGGGAUCAUUGGUGUGUUGGAUAUGGGGCAAAGGAUGACGUGAAGCGUGUGGUGAGGUACAAGAAUCAUGGCGAUGCGCUGGUGUUCACAGAGCGGUGGUUUCAGAGGGAUCCGCAGCGUUUACUUCUUCCCAUCCGCGCCGUCUAUUUCCCUCUCAUUCAAACGGCAGACCGGAAAUUCGAUCAGUUGGCCACGUUCAUCCAGGUGAACUUUUACCACCAGGGCAAGCGAAAGGUCUGGCACACUGAUAGAGAGGCCUUCCAUGACCAUUACUUCACUCGCGAAAGAGGUACCGGGAUUGACGGCAAAUGGGCGUUGGGCAUCAAUGUGACCGAUGUCAUGGGCCUUCUAUCCCUCCCUCACCACUUCCGAAACACCAACGUCUGGGACGCCAAGCUGGUCAUCUGGGAUAAAGUCAAAACCGGCGGUCCAGAGGCAGAAGAUCGAGACGCCGCUCCAGGAAUGGACUUUGUCACGCUCGUCAAUGCAAGCUUGGCUGUUGAGUUGGCUUGGCGACCACCCCCGCCGCCUGAUGAUACAGGCGAUGAAUGGAUCUUCAACGUGCUCAAGGGCAUCAUGGGCGUGGCACUGUCCACUGUGCCCGUGGCGGGACCUCUCCUCGCCGCCUCGUUUACGAUUGGCUUGACCAUCGUUGCGGACAAGGACAAUGCAGUCGAGUACCUCGCGUCUGCCAAGUGGACCGGGGACGUCACGCGAGCAGCGGCGGGAAGCAGCGUGAGGAUCAAAAAGUUCCUGGGCGCUGGAUGGCAGGGCGUGAAUCUAUUGGCGGGAGCUAGGGGGAAGACUUUGACCGUGGGAGAGGCAGAAGCAGAGGAAGAGAAGGAAUUGGACGUGAACUCGAUUCCGCCCAAUCCGCUUCUCCUGGAUGGUCUGAGAGCUCUUCUUGAGCAUGAUGAUCUUGACCCGCCGGAUGAUGACAAGACGCCGCCUCAUGGUGAGGGUCUGGAAAAGGCAGUCAGAUUAGGGCAGAUAUCGCUGAAAGAAGCACAGGGGAUUGAAAAGGUAUUGGAUAAAGCAGCUGAGAAGGAGAGGAUCAGAAGGGAGAACCCAGAGGCGAGCGAAGAGGAUAUGGAGAGGAAAAGAGGCUGCACUGUGAUGUAG